AUGUCCAAACGCGACCCAGACGCCCCCCCCUCCUACAACGAGGCCAUCUUGUCAUCCCCGUCAUCUUCCUCUCCGCCCUCCCCAUCCCCAACAACCGUCUCAGCGCACCUCGCCACGCUCCCCGCCCGCCUCCGUGCCCGCCGCCCCGCCCUCGACACGCACGACCAAGACCUCCUCACCCUCCUCAUCCCCGACGUACAAGCCCACCUCGCCGCCCUGCACGCGGCGCCCCGUCGCGGCGCCCCACCGCCCCGCGCCGGCCAGUUGACCCUCGUGCCCGCCCGCCGCGGUCCCGGCGUCGUGGCGAUCCCAACCAUAGUGCCAAUCGGGCCGAAAGAAGCACUGUAA